AUGCGAGAAUCGCUUUUCGAAAUGGAUAGCGAAGAAGAGAACGAAUUGAAAGCGAUGAAGAAAGGUUUCCAGGAUUCGAAUGAUAUGCGACUGUUUCUGUUCCGAAAUUCGGAAUCAUUGACAAAUAUUUGUGAUCAUUGGAUGGCAAAAUCGUUCGUGAAUGGAAAAUAUGAAAGAUAUGACUUGAAUCAGCCGCUGGAAUUACCGCAUCGUAACUCGAUGAGCGCAUUCAAAAACGAUCCUCCACUCACUGUGAUUGGCUCGAAGAUGUGCGAAAUGAUCAGCGAAGCGCUGCAAGCAAAAGCGAUCGAAUUCGAUGCCGUUUACUGCAGUCCAUCGUUACGAUGCAUCCAAACGGCACAUAAACUGACGAAUGCGCAAAAGAAAAAAGUUCUUUUGAGAAUCGAGCCGAUGCUUUAUAGUUUUUGUGAGAUACAUCGCUUAGUGAGUAAUUUUUUCGUUGUUUGUUCGACUUGA